AUCAAGGAAAAGUAGCGGGGAAAGAAAACUCCCCCAAUUUUCCCCUCUUUAAAAAGGCCAAAUCUCUCCACCGUCGCUGUAAAAUUUCAAAGCCUGCCUUUCCUCUGUCGUCACAUACAACAAAUCUAUCUCUGCCUGUACAAUUCCCCUCACCACGCCAUUGUUAUACCCCCUCCCCCUCCGCUAAUCUUUUUGUUUUUCUUGGAGAGUUCAUAAUAAUGGCGGGUGGUCGAGAAGUAGCAAUAUCACUAGAUGGUGUGAGGGACAAGAACGUGAUGCAGUUAAAGAAGCUCAACACUGCUAUUUUCCCCGUUCGUUACAACGAAAAGUACUACGCCGAUGCUCUGGCUUCCGGCGAAUUCACAAAGCUUGCAUAUUACAGUGACAUCUGUGUUGGAUCAAUUGCUUGUCGGCUGGAAAAGAAGGAAGGCGGGGCCAUCUGUGUGUACAUCAUGACAUUGGGUGUUUUAGCACCAUAUCGUGGGCUAGGAAUCGGUACAAAGCUAUUGAACCAUGUUCUUGAGCUUUGUUUGAAGCAACACAUACUGGAAAUCUACUUGCAUGUUCAGACAAACAACGAAGAUGCCAUCAAGUUCUAUAAGAAAUUCGGAUUUGAAAUCACCGAGACUAUCAAGAACUAUUACACAAACAUCGACCCUCCCGAUUGCUUUGUUCUUACCAAGUUCAUCGCACCUCCAUCUGAAGAGAAGAAAUAACCAUCCAAAGCUAGUACUGCUCUCUGGAUGGCAUUCGUUAUUGUUGUGGUAUUGAAUUUGAUCAAUUCCUAUACAUUUGGGAAUUAUUCUGAUGAUAAGGAUGCUAUAAUGCAUGAAUGACAUGAGUUAUGGCAUUAA